AGCCAGGUGUUAGGACAGAGAUCACGGCUGUGCUUUUAUCAUUCCGUUAUAAUAACACAUCAGCCUUAACUGGCAUCGAGCCGCAAGCUAUUUAAGUUGCGUGUGUGUGAGUGUGUGUGUGAGAGAGAUUUAUUGUCCAAAGCCGUCGUCUUUUAUGCACGACGCGUCCUGUAGAGAGCGACCUUUUUUCCCCACGGAAGUUAAACAGCCUUUUAUCGUUUUAUUAGAAGAUUUUCUUUUAUUUUAAAGAGCUACAAUGUUAUUGAGGAGUGGUGUUUUUGUCCUCUUGUUCGUGGGCUUGGUUUUUAUUGGAGCUGAAGACAGUGAGACGGAGAAACAUGUUGAAGAGUUAGAGGUGGAAACACUGGCAAAGCCGGAGACAUGCACAUUAACAUCAACGAUGGGGGACACGCUUCAUAUCCAUUAUACGGGCCGGCUUUUGGAUGGAAAGGUGAUAGACUCCUCUCUGUCCCGAGAUCCACUGGUGGUCGAACUUGGGAAACGAACUGUCAUUGCAGGUCUAGAACAAGCUCUGGUUGGUGUCUGUGAAGGACAAAAAAUCAAGGCUACCAUUCCUGCACAUCUAGCAUAUGGGAAAAGAGGAUACCCCCCAACUAUCCCAGGUGAUGCAGCACUGGAGUUUGAGGUGGAGGUGAUUUCCUUGCUGCAGCAGACACCCUGGCAGAAGCUGGUGAAUGAUGUCUUUCCUCUUGUGUGCCUGGCACUUGUUCCCACUUUACUGGGACUGGUGGGUCUCUACCUCUACAAGAAGGCCAACACACAACCUCAAGGCAAGAAGAAGAGCAAGGACAAGAAGAGCAAGAAGAAAUAAGAAGGACACGAAAGGAACAAUAAACUAUUUAAAUAAAAAAAAUGAAAAA